AUGGAUUCAGCAGGACGAUUCCUGAGUAGCUCCACUGAAUUGGGUUUUCAAGGAAAUCGCCACAGGGGUACUGAUAGCCCUCGUAGUUCUAUCAGUUGUUCUAGCUGGCAGAGCAUUGUUGAAAAUGAUGAAGAAAGUACUGAUUCUCUGAAGAAUUCAACCAGUUCUGUUUCUGGUCAGGGGAACAGCUCUGUAGAGAACCCGCCAAAGGGUAUCAUGGCCGAUAGCCAAAUUGGGGCGGUGGGUUCUAGCAGGCCAGGCGUCAUUGAAAACAAUGGAGAAAGGAUCAAUUCCCUGAAAAAUCUGAUCGGUUCUGUUUCUGGUCAGGGAAACAACUUUGUACAGAACUCGCCUUAUGGUGUCGUGGGUGAUAGGCGAAUUGGGGUGAAGGGUUCUGCUCAGAUUCCAACUGUUGAGACUGAUAUGAAAUUCAGUUUCCUGUCAAAUUCAAAUGGUUGGAAUGAUGAUCAUGGUAACGGUUCUUCUCAGAACCUCUCGGGAGCUGUCUUGAGUUCCCAGCUGGCGACUGUGGACAUUGAGGGACGAGGAAUUGGGUCUGUGAGUUCUUCCCAGAUCCCAGCGUGGAAGAUCGAAAACCUCUUAUUGUUGGAAUCUACUCAAUCCAAUUGCUGGGGUCUUCACGAUCACAACAAUGGAAUUAAUUCAACACGAUCAACUCAAUCCCUGGAAAAUCCCACUCGAGGACUACCUUUUAGUGGGGAAUCUUGUGGCAUUUCCACUGGAGAUUGUCUGAAUUCGAUCACAGUUCCUGACCAAUUUGUAAGAAAUAACCUGGGUGGUCCGUAUUCCAGUGUCGUUGGACAAACGCCUUUCUUCGACAGUGGGAACAGAUCUACAGCGAGAGCGGGCUGUAGCUCAAGCUCUGAAAUAGCAAGAAAUCCUAUUGCUGAAGGGCAUUUGGAAGCUUCAUCCAACAUGCUGUUUCAGAAUCAUUUUCCACUGGCAUUUCCUAACCCGUACUCAUGGGAACGAUUUUGGGAUGAUGACAUAUGUUGGAUGGCCAGGAAUAGAAUGGGCUGCAAGCGUUUGCAAGAGAUUCUGGAACAAGGGGACCUCGUGGCCACACAAAAGAUACUUCGCGCGACUCUAGGAUCCAUGGUCGAAAUCAUGGUCCAUGAAUCUGGAAAUAGACUGUUUGAGAAGCUCUUGCAGUCCUGCAAUGAGGGCCAAAUAUUCAAAAUUGUUCUCAGCAUUACAGCAGAUGAUGGGGCCUUGAUUAAUGCAGCAAAAGGAAGAUACGGCAGUCUUGCAGUUCAGAAACUAAUUAGCCGGGUGAAGCAAUCCUCUCUGCUCGUUACAAGUGUGAUAUCAGCUCUUGCUCCAGGAAUCACGUCUCUGAUGUUCCACCCUUUCGGGUGCCAUGUUAUCCAGCAUUGCUUACUCUAUCUAGAUGAUCACCGAAUCACGUUCAUACAUGAAGCUGCCACAAUGCCUCAGUCUCCACAAUCUACACAUAGAUGGUUCCUGUUGAGGAAAAUCAUGGAGCUGAGCUUUCUCCUCUCGCAAGAUCCUUUUGGAAACUACGUCUUGGGUUGUGCUCUCGAGCUCAAGAUCCCGGAGGUCAUUAACGAUAUAUGCCACAAGCUUAAAGGCCACUACACGGAUCUAUCAACAGAGAAAGUCAGCAGCUUCAUUGUUCAAAAAUGCAUAGUUCUUCGGACUAAAUUUGUGGUUUCAGAGCUGCUGAAAACUGGCAACCUAGGCCAACUUGCGCGUGAUCGAUAUGGGAAUUACGUCGUCCAGACGGCACUGAAAAUGACAGAGGGUGUCCUUAAACAUUGUAUGAUUGAUGUUCUUCAACCACAUUCCCAGAGCCUCCGAUGCAGUCGGUACGGAAAGGAAGUCUCCCAUCUGAUUAGUGAGUAUAGGAUCAAGCUCAAUCAAGAUCGUAAUCUCUGUUUCGAUCGUCUGAAGAUGUAGGGUUAGGAUUAGUUACACAUGCAACUUCUGUUUUGGUACUGUCAGUUGAAUGUUUUUUUUUUUUUUUUUGCUGUGUGUGUGAAGGGGAAAACUCUGUAUAAAAA